AGGUACAAAAGGUACAUUACAAAAUGCCCGCCAGCAACCUCCAAAGGUAGUUGAAAACACACACACUCUCUCUCUCUGCGGCCGGCAACUUUGUCUUCAUCCUCUCCCAUCUCCACUCACACACACUACACACACUAAAAGAUGCCUAAUUCCCCCUCUUCUCUACCACCUCCUCUAUAUAUACGCAAACCCCCUUUAGCUCACUCUACCGUUUCUGUUUCCUCACACAAUCCAUGGCGGCUUUCCCAUAUUUAUGCUUUGCUUUGAUUUUUCUAUUCAUUUCUAUCAACGGCGUGCCAGUGGCAGAAUCCUCCACUCUCGGGGUGGGCUACAUUUCACGGCUGCUGGAGAUUCAGGACCGCGAGAGAUCGCCGCCGCCUGUCCAAGUCGCCGCCGCCCACGCCGCCCUCAACCGCCUCAUUCCCUCCCAUUCUUCCAGUUUUCAGCUCCGCAUCAUCUCUAAGGAUAACUGUGGUGGAGAAUAUUGCUUUAGGUUGAGCAAUAAUCCCGCUAUCAAUCAUGGUGGUUCUCCUGAAAUUUUAAUAAGUGGAACUACUGGAGUGGAGAUUUUGUCCGGUCUACAUUGGUACCUGAAGUAUUACUGUGGAGCACAUAUAUCAUGGAACAAAACCGGCGGUGCACAGCUUUCUUCAGUACCAAAACCCGGAUCCUUACCCCAUAUUCAAGAUUCUGAGAUAACAAUAAAGAGACCUACUCCGUGGAGUUACUAUCAGAAUGCUGUUUCAUCUAGCUAUUCGUUUGCGUGGUGGGACUGGGAAAGAUGGGAGAAGGAAAUUGAUUGGAUGGCGCUCCAAGGUAUCAAUUUGCCUUUGGCAUUUACCGGUCAAGAAGCCAUCUGGCAGAAAGUCUUCCAGAAUUUUAAUAUAAGUGCUCAAGAUUUGGAUGAUUUCUUUGGAGGUCCAGCAUUUCUAGCAUGGUCACGUAUGGGAAAUCUACACGGGUGGGGUGGUCCACUGCCACAAACUUGGUUGGAUCAGCAAUUGCUGAUGCAGAAAAGAAUUCUUGCCAGAAUGUACGAGUUCGGAAUGAAUCCAGUCCUUCCAGCCUUCUCUGGGAACGUUCCAGCAGCUCUUACAAGAGUAUAUCCAUCUGCAGAAAUAACUCGUCUUGGGAAUUGGUUUACUGUUAGGAGUGACCCUAGAUGGUGCUGUACCUAUCUCCUGGAUGCAACAGAUCCCUUAUUCAUCGAAAUAGGGAGGGCUUUUAUCACACAACAGUUGGCAGAAUAUGGAAGGACCAGCCACAUAUAUAACUGUGACACCUUUGAUGAGAAUACGCCUCCGGUAGAUGACCCAGAAUACAUCUCUUCAUUAGCUGCUGCAAUUUUUAAAGGCAUGGAAAGUGGCGAUGAUGAUGCUGUUUGGCUGAUGCAGGGAUGGCUUUUUACUGAUGAUCCAUUUUGGAAGCCUCCACAGAUGAAGGCACUCUUGCAUUCUGUUCCUCUCGGAAGGUUGGUUGUUCUUGAUCUAUUCGCCGAAGUUAAACCAGUUUGGGCUACUUCAGAACAGUUCUAUGGCGUACCUUACAUCUGGUGUAUGCUGCACAACUUUGCUGGGAAUAUUGAAAUGUAUGGUUAUGUUGACUCAGUGGGAUCCGGACCUAUAGAUGCUCGUCUAAGUGAAAAUUCAACCAUGGUUGGUGUCGGGAUGUCAAUGGAAGGCAUAGAACAGAAUCCCGUUGUCUAUGAUCUCAUGUCUGAAAUGGCAUUUCGAUGGGACAGAGUUGACGUGAAGGCAUGGAUUGACGCGUAUGUCCAAAGACGGUAUGGGAAGCUGGUUCCAUCGAUUCGAGAUUCCUGGAACAUCUUGCAUCAAACACUAUAUAACUGCACAGAUGGCUUAAUGGACAAGAACAGAGAUGUGAUAGUGUCAUUUCCAGAUGUUGAUCCUAAUUCAGUCUCUACUUCUUCAUCCCUACUUUCAUUACCUGGAGCGCGUCGCCAUCAUCAUCGCCUAGCCCUCGGGCGAGCUGCCUAUCCACAGAAUAGCUACGACUAUACUCACCCUCACCUCUGGUACUCGACUUCAGAAGUAAUCCGUGCGCUGCAACUCUUGAUCGCGGGUGGGGAUCAGCUCUCGGAAAGUAGCACUUACCGGUACGACGUCGUGGAUCUAACGAGACAAGCUCUGGCCAAAUAUGCGAAUCACCUAUUCGUAGAGGUCGUGGAAGCCUAUCAGGCAGGAGAUCUGCGCGGCGUGAGGCUCCUCAGCCAGAAAUUCCUCGGCCUCGUGGACGAUAUGGACACUCUCUUGGCCUCUCAUGACGGAUUCCUACUCGGGCCGUGGCUGGAGAGCGCGAAGCAGCUCGCCCAAGACGACCAACAGAAGAUACAGUUCGAAUGGAACGCGAGAACUCAGAUCACCAUGUGGUUCGACAACACAGACGACGAAGCCAGCCUUCUCCGCGACUACGGAAACAAGUACUGGAGCGGGCUGCUGCGCAGCUACUACGGCCCCCGAGCAGCUAUCUACUUCAAAUUCCUGACACGGAGCUUGGAGAGAGGCGACGGUUUCGAGCUGAGACAGUGGAGGAAGGAGUGGGUCACCCUAACAAACGAGUGGCAGAGCGGCCGCAGCGUCUUCCCCACCAGAAGCAGCGGCAACCCCCUCAACAUAUCGCGGUGGCUCCACGACAAGUACUUGAGCGAUCCCGGCGCCGGCCGACCCGGUGGAAGCUACGGAACGGCGGAGAAGUGAAGGUGGGGAACGGGGUUGAAAAAAUUAGAUUUUUGUUGUUGUCCCACAUCGAAAGUGUAGUAGAUUUUGGUUUGAGUGAGAGGUGUAUAAGUAUAGGGUGAGGGUGAUGGAAAAACUUGCCUUAAACUAAUGAGUAAGGAAAACAAAGCGGAAGGUGAGAACCGGCCGCCGCAUCUCCAGUAAUGGUGCAUGAAUUUAUGGAGGGGUAAUAGGCUGGCCGAGUGUAGACGCUGCCUCUUCUGCAGAACUCACUCUGGCGGGCCUCCCACUACCCACCCCCAAUUACAGUCCAAUAUCUUUAAUAAAUAUUAAUCAAAUAAUUGAAUUGUUUUAGUAUA